AUUGGAGCUGAGCACGGAAGGCUGGUAAUGAGCUUGACAGAGGCUGCAGGCAAAGGCUGUUCGUAUUUUACUUCUUCCCAGGGGUUGAGAAGCAGUUUCAGAGGUGGAGAAAGUUGCUAUCUGAUGACUUGGGAACCCAAAGCCUCCUCCGCCCCCCGAUCCCCAACCAGGACAGUGCUCCCCGCGACCCUCCUGGAAAACUAUGUCCCCUCCUAGAAGGGCCCUCUAGAAUAGCUGCCAAAUGCUGUUAAGCCAGCUGAAGGAGAUCACUGGCAUCCAGGACCCUUCCUUUCUCCACGAGGCCUUGAAGGCCAGCAAUGGUGACAUAACCCAGGCCGUCAGCCUCCUCACCGAUGAGCAGGUGAGACAGCCCAGCCAGGAUGCUGCCGCCGAACCUUCAGAAAGCGAGGGAAGUGCUGCCAGCCAAGAAGGCUCAGCCAAAGUGAUCGACCUAACUCACGACAACAAAGAUGACCUCCAGGCAGCCAUUGCUCUGAGUCUGCUGGAGUCCCCGAAAAUUCCAACGGACCAAAGAGAUCUUGACAGGGUUCAAGAGGCAGCGGCCGAAAACAAGCGCUCCAAGAGGAAACGCUGUGAGGUCUGGGGGGAGGAUCCCAACCCCAACACCUGGAGGCGAGUGAGCGGCUGGCCCGUGGGGCUGAAGAACAUCGGCAACACCUGCUGGUUCAGUGCAGUCAUACAGUCUCUCUUCCAACUGCCCGAGUUUCGAAGGCUCGUGCUCGGCUAUAGCCUCCCGCCGAAUUUAAAGGAAAAUUGCCGGAGCCACGUGGAGAAGAGAAACAUCGUGUUUAUGCAGGAGCUUCAGUAUUUGUUUGCGCUAAUGAUGGGAUCAAACCGUAAAUUUGUGGAUCCCUCGGCGGCCCUGGAGCUUUUAAAGGGAGCCUUCCGGUCAGCUGAGGAACAACAGCAAGAUGUGAGUGAGUUCACACACAAGCUGCUGGACCGGCUGGAGGAUGCUUUCCAAUUGGCUGUUAACGUCAGCAGUCCAAGGAAUAAAUCUGAGAACCCAAUGGUGCAGCUAUUCUACGGCACUUUCCUGACUGAAGGAGUCCAUGAAGGCAAGACCUUCUCCAACAUCGAGACCUUCGGCCAGUAUCCCCUUCAAGUGAACGGUUACCGGAACCUGAACGAGUGUUUGGAAGGGGCCAUGGUGGAGGGGGAGAUUGAGAUGGCUCCUUCCGAUCAGUCAGCCAAGUAUGGACAAGAGCGAUGGUUUACCAAGCUCCCUCCCGUGCUGACCUUCGAGUUGUCCAGGUUUGAGUUCAAUCAGUCCCUCGGGCAACCGGAGAAGAUUCACAGCAAGUUGGAGUUCCCCCAGAUCAUCUAUAUGGACCGGUUCUUGUAUAGUAGCAAAGAGCUUAUCCGGACCAAAAGAGAGCACAUUCGGAAGCUGAAGGAGGAAGUGGCCCAUCUGCGGCAGAAACUGGACAGGUACGAGAGGUACGGCUCCGGCCCGGCUCGCUUCCCCCUCCCGGAUAUGCUGCGGUACGUCCUCGAGUUUGCCAACACGCAGCCCGCCCCGGCCGGCCCUCCCUCUGGGCAGGGCUCACAGCUGGCUCCGCCAUCAGCCCAGAGCCCCGAUUGUGACCCACUGCCCAAGCCAAAGUGCCCGGCGGCAGCGGAUGGCCCGGGGGAGGCAGAUGGUUCGGCGGCUCCCCUCCACGAGCCUUUCCCGCUGUCUGAGCUGCCGCCCUCGACCUGCCAGCCCGAACACCCAGCACCUCGCACCAUCACGGAGGAGGAGAAGAGCUUUGUUCAGACCUGCCUUCAGCGAUGGAGAAAUGAGAUAGAGCAGGAUAUUCAAGAGCUGAAGAAUUCCAUCGCCAGCAUCACCCAGGCCAUCGAGCAGAUGUACUGUGACCCUCUCCUCCGCCAGGUCCCUUACCGCCUGCAUGCCGUCCUGGUCCACGAGGGGCAAGCCAAUGCUGGACACUAUUGGGCCUACAUCUAUCACCAGUCCUUGAGCAUCUGGCUCAAAUACAACGACGUCUCGGUGACGGAGUCUUCCUGGGAAGAGCUUGAGAGGGAUUCCUUCGGGGGCCUGAAGAACGUGAGCGCCUAUUGCCUGAUGUACAUUGACGACAAGCUGCCCCCGGCCCCUAAAGAGGAAGGGGCCGGGGAACCAGACCCAAUGCUGAGAGAGGCGGGUGGCCUCUCUGCUGAACUCCAGCGCUACAUCCGAGAGGACAACUGGCGGUUUGAGCAGGAAGUGGAGGAGUGGGAAGAACGGCAGUCCUGCAAGAUGCCCCAGAGAGAAUCCUCCCCGGUCUCGGAGUCCCAGGACUUCGCCAGUGCCUCCCCAGAGCCCCCCCCGGCCUCCUCCUCCUCCUCUUCCUCCUCCUCCUCCUCCUCCGGUACGCGCUGCCUGUCUUCCGAACAUGCUGUGAUCGCCAAGGAGCAGACGGCCCAGGCCAUCGCCAACACGACUUAUGCCUACGAGACCAGCGGCGUGGAGGCGGCCUUGACCGAGCGCAAGGAGGCCGACCCCGAGAAGGCCAAGCCCCAGGAAACAAACCUGGCAGAUCAGCCAGGACCACCCCCGGACGCUAACGUAACUGAGGCGGUGGCCCAGCCCGGCGCUCAGGUCUCUGAAGUGGAGAUCCCCCGGGUGGGAAAGAUUCUGGUUAGAUCUGAUGCCGAUGGCUAUGAUGAGGAGGUGAUGCUGAGCCCUGCCAUGCAGGGGGUCAUCCUGGCCAUAGCGAAAGCCCGCCAGACCUUUGACCGGGAUGGGUCUGAAGCGGGGCUCGUUAAGGCAUUUCACGAGGAAUACUCCCGACUCUAUCAGCUGGCCAAGGAGGCCCCCACCCCGCACAACGAUCCCCGGCUCCAGCACGUUCUGGUCUACCUCUUCCAAAACGAGGCCCCCAAACGAGUGGUGGAGCGGACCCUCCUUGAGCAGUUUGCCGAUAAAAAUCUCAGCUACGACGAGCGGUCGAUCAGCAUUAUGAAAGUGGCUCAGGCCAAGCUGAAAGAGAUCGGCCCAGAUGACAUGAACAUGGAGGAGUACAAGAAAUGGCAUGAGGACUACAGUUUGUUCCGCAAGGUGUCUGUCUACCUCCUGACAGGUCUGGAGCUCUACCAGAACGGAAAAUGCCACGAGGCGCUGUCCUACCUGGUGUACGCCUACCAGAGCAACGCGUCCCUGCUGGUCAAGGGGCCCAGCCGAGGGGUGGAGCAGUCUCUCAUCGCUCUCUAUCGGCGGAAAUGUCUCCUGAAACUGAACAACAUGGCAGCAUCCCUUUUCGAAACGAACGAGGAGCUCCACGUGGCUGAGGGCAUUAGUGUCAUGAACGAGCUCAUCAUCCCCUGCAUGCACCUCAUCAUAAACAACGACAUCUCUACAGAUGACCUGGCCGCCAUCGAGGUCAUGAGGAAUCGCUGGUGUUCCUACCUUGGGCAGGACAUCGCAGAAAACCUGCAGCUGCGGCUGGGGGAGUUCCUCCCGAGGCUCCUCGACUCGUCUGCCGAGAUGGUCGUCCUGAAAGAGCCUCCCACCAUCCGGCCCAACUCUCCCUAUGACCUCUGCAGCCGCUUCGCCGCCGUCAUGGAGUCGAUCCAGGGGGCCUCGGCUGUGACUGUGAAAUAAACCAGCCGCCGACUCUCCAGCUCAUCCCGCCAGCAGCCCCCUGGGUGGCGGGGUGGGAUGGAAGGGUGCGAGGAGAGUAGGGAGGGGACACAGGCGGGCUGAAGCUCAGACCCCAACUGUGCUGUGGGUGUAGGGGAGGGUGGAAAGCAAGAUUGCACUUUUGGAUCCCAAUUUGUAAGACCUACUGUACUGCCAAGGGCAGGGACCACUAUCCCAGGGCAGCUGUCUGCUUCCGGAGGGAGGCCGGGGGCCCCGGGGGCCUGGGUUCAUCUCUGCCUCUCGCCUGGCCCCGGCUGGCCCCCGCUGGCUGUUGGGGAGUCCUCUCCCCAAGGCCAAGGCAGGCCGGCACCAGCCGGGUGGGAUCUGACCAAUGCAGCCCCUACUGUGACCUGAGUGGCAUGGGAGCCAGGGGCUCUGUACAGGCUAAUGGGGGUGUGGUGUUGGGGGCACCAGGCUUCCUAGGGAAGGAGUCUCCAUUCUGCCCUCUCCCCAUUCUCCUUCCCUCCCUGGUCCGGAGAAGGCAGGAAGCCUCCCCCUCCGCUCCUGUGGAGUGGAAGAAACAGCAGCAUUACAGCACCCCCAGGUGCCUGAGCCCAAGAUUGCUGGGACUUCAGUGAGCCACCUGGUAUCUUCUCGCCUAGGGAAGUACCUUACAAUGUCCAGAGUCGGAGACUGCUCUGGACACCAGUGGACGUUCUCGCCCAUUUUAAGUCAAGGAUUUUGGAGGAAAGGGGCCCCAGAGACCUCUUUCAGGAGGCUCCAGAAUCCCUCUUGGUUUUGAGUUUAUGGCUAAGAGGCCGAGGGUGGGGGAAAGGAAUCACUUGAGACAACGAUGCAGGUUUUAUAACUGUGCAAUAAAAGCAUUUGUUGUACUCACAACCUAGUGGAGAGAAGAUGGACCUGGGAGUCAGAGGACCUGGGUUCUAAAAUCCCGGCUCCACCCCUUGCCUACCGUGUGACC